CUGUUUGUCCAGAGCUGAAACUGAUCCUUCAAUUUAGUUUAUGUCGACGGGAGACAUGAAGUUCAUGAGACGCGGGGCAGCGGUGGCAGGUAAGUUGAUCGAGAGGAGAAAAAAGCACAUUCUUUAUGAAUCAAUGUGAAGCACACAAUAAUAAAUCAAUAAAAGCAUCAAGCAACAAUUUCAAGGCCACUGGAUAGUCUUAUAUUAAAAUCAUUUGUGAUACACAAACAUUUCUAAAACUAAAAGAAUGCCAAUUUAAAUUCCAGCAGCGAUUGCAAAGUCUGCAAAGAUUAAAAAUCGCAGUAAAUGACCCCAAAAGACAAUAAACGUGAGAGAACCCCCGCAAUAUCUUCAGACGUACACACGCAGUUUAUGCGCUGGCAUUUGUCCUCCACGGGGGAGGAUUUGAAAGCAAACAAUGGCCAGAAGGUUGAGGUGCCGAGGUGCUGAUUGUUGACAUUUUUCAUGAACUCCUCUCAAAUUGAAAGACCGCGCGUGAAAAGAAUCGCAUUAUGUAGGUCCAGCGCGGACAAAGCGGAGCCGAACGCGCCUUGUUACUGAAGGUCUGCGCUUGGUUACCUUAGUUUCCUUUCAGACCCACUACAUUGGUGUUUAUCGGUCCCAUAAUUUAUGGAUUUAUUUGAAUAACUUUAUGUUUACAGAUGUCAUCUCUUAGACAAAACAAAAGCCGGAGUCACGCGGUAAACAGUCCCAUCAGCAUCAGUGGUAAAAUAAAUUGUUCUAUUUAUAUUUUAGGAAAACGUUGGCUUGGUAGUCUCAUUCAUAAUUACUAUGAAUAGUUGGUUUGAGCGGCUGGUUUAGUGUCAUCCAGUCACAGUGAUGCUCCCUCUGCCUCUCUCACCGCCGCUCUCCGGGGAGCAUCGCUGACACUUCAUUUGUCGAAUGGGAAAAGGUGAACGCGCCGUUUGGGAAACUAAAACGCACCAUCUGAUGUUUCCGCGUGUGUAUUUGGGAGUUUCGACAUUUUGUCGCUGAGAUGGUGACGUUAGACGAAGACGUCGCAUUCCAGUCCAACAUACCUGCGCCCGUGGAUAUAACGGUGGCUGUGGUCUACUCCGUUUUUGGGAUAUGUUCGCUGUUCGGCAACAGCACGCUGCUCUACGUCUCCUACAAGAAGAGGCAUCUCCUGAAGCCGGCGGAGUAUUUGAUCAUCAACCUAGCCGUCAGUGACCUGGGCCUGACCCUGUCCCUGUACCCCAUGGCCAUAACGUCCAGCUUCUACCACAGGUGGCUGUAUGGGAGGACCGUGUGCUCCGUCUACGCCUUCUGCGGCAUGUUGUUCGGCGUCUGCAGCCUGACGACCCUGACGCUGCUCAGCACGGUGUGCUUCGUGAAAGUACGUUAUCCUCUAUACGGUAACGGGUUUAAGUCGCCCCACGGCCGCCUGCUGGUCGCCUGUGCUUGGCUGAACGCCCUACUGUUCGCCUGCUCGCCGCUGCUCCACUGGGGGGAGUACGGGCCCGAGCCGUACGGCACGGCCUGCUGCAUCGACUGGCGCCUGUCCAACGAGCGGCCCGCGGCGCGCGCCUACACCGUGGCGCUGUUCGUCCUCUGCUACAUCCUGCCGUGCUGCGUCAUCGCGGCGUCGCACGCGGGCGUCCUGCUCGCGCUGCGCGGGUCCCGCAGGACUCUGGAGCGGCACGCGUCCAGGCGGACGCGCGCGAGCGGCGUCCACAUCGUCAUUGUUAAGCUAAGUGUUGCUGUCUGUGUGGGUUUCUUCGCGGCGUGGAGCCCGUACGCCGUGGUGUCCAUGUGGGCAGCCUUUGGACACAUCGAGACCAUCCCCCCUCUGGCGUUUGCGGUACCCGCCAUGUUUGCCAAGUCCUCCACCAUAUACAACCCCAUCGUGUACCUCCUGCUCAGGCCGAACUUCCGCAGGGUGAUGCAGAGGGACCUGGGCGCGCUCUGUCUCACUUGCCGAACGCGCUGCCGCUGCUCCAAAGGCCGAGAAGAGCGCCGCUCCAAACCGGAGGUCCGGAUCCGACUCCACGCGCUCCAGAGGCAGGCGAACCAGCCUCCCGGCCUGCGUGACUGCAGCUGCAUGAAGGGCAAGGGUGCGUUUGAAUGCUGCAGACACUACCCUCAAAUGUGUGUCAUCACUAACCCAGAGGCCAACGGAGACCCGUUCAGAGAUGCUCCGGCUCCUCCAGCGCGUGCAGCAAAGACGCGGAGGGAGCGCUGCAGGUCUCUGCUGUCCAUGCUGCACUCGAACAGGACUUCAGAAAUAGACAGCGUCCACAUCAGCUUAGAGAUGGCGCCAGGGCACGCCAAGCUGGCUUGGCCGUGACAUUAGUCUCAGAACGGCUGGUUUGGUUUCACCGUUCCUGAGCUGUUCAGUCCCUUUACUGUCCCAGCCCAAGCGCAGGUGCAGUUGAUGGUGCUUGAUCGAUUAUCAGAACACACUGUGUUGAACAUUAAACCUUUACGUCAUUGUUUACUGCGUGUACGAUGGAUAUUCAAUGUUGCGUUGUUGUUGUAUGGAAUAUACAGUAUACAGUAACUAUUUACUGUAAAGAGACUGGGAGGAAAUGCUGCACCAGAAUCAAAUAAAUGAAACAACCAUGUUUUUAGAAACAUAUUCAGUAUAUACAGUUUAUUCUAAAUGCCAGUAGAUCCACUUUGGUAUAGGACAGGGAGAUGGUGUGACACUGGCUCAGUUGUGUAAUGAAGUCAAUGGAAACACAUCCAAACACAUCAAACAACAGAUCAUUACAUAAGAAUUCAUAUUGACGACGUUUAGGGAAAUCACAUUAAAAGCAAAACAUACAGUACAACAGGUCAGAUAAUAAAUGGAAA